CAUUAUAGAAACUGGCGUCCAAGCGGACAGUCGCAAUAAAAUUAACGAAACAUAAAACAUCAUUGUAUCACAUUAAGGAAAGGAUAUCGAAAUAUGGCAGAUGACAAUGAGCCAACAACACUUCGUGAGCAAGACCAAGGAGAUGUAGACGGCGAAACACUUCCCGAACUUCAGUUUGUUCGUGAAAAGCUGCAACGUUUUCAAUCACAUAUGCUGCAGGAUAUUGAGAAGCAAGUCUCCUGUCUGAUUGAGGAUGUACUUCAGGGUAUACGGCAGCGUGAAGUGCGUGCCCACGAGUUUCGGCAGUUUGAAGGUCACCAUGAAACAUCAGACAGACGGCAAGUCAGCAGUUUCAAUACCUAUCACAAUCGACAGCAAAAUACUUCCACAAAAUUAGCAAAUCAAUCUGCGUCUUUCUCGAAAAUGGAUGUUAAUGAUAGUCCAAAAAAGGGCACAACAUCCACAGCGAGAAUCAAGGGGCGACUGCCCGAUAAAGUGUUUGUGGCCCGAGAUUCGUAUCUUACUGCUCUUCUCGAGGUUGCGCAUAUGCGCACCAUUUAUCACAUAUUCUACAUUAUUCUGGUCAUGUUUCUGCUCAAUGUGAUCUUUCAUGAUUAUUUUGUGGAAGGACAAAUUAAUUUCGCUCUGGGCACAUUUCGCGGAGGCCUCCGGAGAUUGCAUUGGGUGAUGGGCGCAUGGAUAUUGGAGCAUAUAUUCGUGUUGGCUCUGUACUAUGCCUUUCAAGGUUGGGCUUUAGUUAGGCAUAAGCUCAAACCGCAAGGGUCGCUGCAACGGUUUUGGUCUCACAGUUGUCUAAUUAUGUACAUCAGUUCCCAAUUGGUCUUUGGCUAUGUGUCCUCAUCGCUUUGCCUCAAAUUCCAAUUGCCCUUCGUCAGUGCCUGCGUGUUGCUGCUGGAGAGUACGAGGCUCCUUAUGAAGAUGCAUGCUUUCGUGAGAUACAACUCACAACGAGUGUUGUGUGGAAAGCAAAAAGUUGAUGGAGUCGAUCCUAAUGGGAACGAGAACGCAAGCUUGUCUGCUGGUCGGCCCUUCAUUCCGCCUCUGCAGUGUUAUGUCUAUUUCCUGUUUGCUCCCACGCUGAUCUAUAGGGAUAGCUAUCCACGCACGUCGCAUAUACGCUGGAAGUUUGCCCUAAAUCGUCUUUUGGAGGUGGUAGCUGUUGCUUUCCUCUAUGCUUUCAUACAUGAACGUCAUAUAGAGGAACAUUUCGGAAAGUUUGGUCUGGAGCCAAUGGGAGCCCCGCAGCUGAUAGUCAAACUAUUUGGCAUGAUGCUACCAAGUGCUGUGAUCUUUCUUUGCGGAUUCUAUCUAAUUUUGCAUUCCUGGCUGAAUUUCACCUCGGAGCUGUUGCGAUUUGGCGACCGCAUGUUUUACAAGGACUGGUGGACUUCACACAACUACGAUGGCUACUAUCGUAAUUGGAAUGUGGUUGUCCAUGAUUGGCUGUACGAAUAUGUCUACAAAGAUGUCUAUACGUAUGUAUUCAAGGGUUCCAAGCUGGCUGCCUCGUUGCUGGUUUUCCUGAUAUCAGCUUUAGUGCACGAACAAGUAUUAGGAUUCGCCCUACAAAUGUUCUUUCCCGUCAUGUUUAUCCUAUUUUUUGUCGUUGGCGUUGCUUUGGUGUUUCUCAUGCGGAGUGCUCCCAAAAUUUUGGGAAACAUAUUCCUGUGGUUCUCUCUCAUCUUGGGCAACGGCAUGCUUAUCUCACUAUACGCUAUGGAGUACUAUGCGAAAAAGAACUGCGAUCUGAAGUAUGAUAGUUGGAGGGAUCACCUCGUGCCGGCCAUUUGGCGUUGCUAUAAUUAAUUUUUAAGAAUUGUUUUAGUCUGUUUUGUACACUUUUGGCGUACACAUGAUAUUGUAUUUUUUUUUAGUUUUAAUAACCUUAAUGAAAUUAACAGGAACUUAUCGGAAAA